AUGGCAGUGGUUGCGACAUGGAACGGCUUUGGGAUGCCCCUUGGUGGGUUUGGGUCCGAGGCAGCGAUCAGCGGUCCCGGGCGAUCAGAAAGUCGCGUGCUGGAUCCAUCCAUCCAUCCAUCCACCGGCGAGCGGGACCAUGGCCGCGAAGCCAAAAGCAGGGCAGGGAGGAAAAAAAAGGGAGGAUUGCAGGCACAGGGACGAGGAUGGGUUGUGUGUGAGUGCAAGGGGCCAGGUGAUGGUCAUGUGAUGGAUGCGAGGGAGAAAAAAAAAGGUGCGGUAGGCUGGACGGGAACGCCCUGGCUAGCGAGGCAAGGGAAGCCAUGGCGGGGCUGGAGGAGAAGAGGCGGUGGUGAGGCUGGGCGUGCAGUGAAAGGGUAUCGUCAUGUACAGCGGUGGCAUGAGUCGCAGUUGGCGAACAGGUGGGAAAUUCAAGGAUGCCUAGAUAGGAAGGCUUCUCGAAGGCCCAGGGAAGAAAAGCCGUGUCAUGGUGGUGUCAUGGUGGUGGAUGGGUGGAUGGGUGGUUGGUGGCCUGGCCAGCUUGCUUACUUAGUUGGAGAGAGGUGCACGUCCACGCAUAGAUAUAGCAGUAGCAGGUGUACAUGCUCAUGCUCAUACCCAUACCCAUACCCAGGCGGCUGCUGCGACGAUACGCUACCACUUCACCAUGCACCCAAAGUCGGGGCGCCAAGCAUCCAGAUGGCGGCGGCGGCGGCAGCGGGCGUUUACACACAGGCUGGCAGCUGGUGGUUCGGAUCAUGCGAACAGUGCUGGGCGCAUGCAGGGCUAAGCCGGGGGAAACAGUUUUGUCAGCAAGCAGCGUCGAGGGCGUCCAGAGGCCAGGACGGGCGACAGGAGAGCUGA